CGUCUUGAUUGCUGGACUUAGCCGCAACGUGGCCUGUGUGAGAAUGUUAGGAUAAAGUUGAUUGAUUCAACCGAAGAUUAGAUAACGGAUGAAAGGCACCCGAGUCGUUUUUGCGACAGAUCCGAUUCGAUCUGGGAGCCUGUUUGGUGGUAGAACCAUGAGCCUGAGAAGCAGCCAUCAGGCGGGAGGUGGGUAGCCGGAAAAGAAGUCGGGAAGCGCGGAGAUGGUGAAGGGGAGCUUCGUCCUCCUCAGAGAUGCCGGAGUUGCGAAGAAGCUCGCCGAGAUCUUAGUUUGUCCUCUUUCCAAACAGCCACUGAGAGUAUGCCAGAAAACAAAUUCUCUGAUAUCGGAUGCCCUAGGCGUCUCCUACCCCGUAGUUGAUGGAAUACCCUGUUUGGUGCCGAAGGAUGGGAAGCUGCUUGAUGCUGAUAAUGAGAUUGAAGAAAAUAAGGAAGCAAGUACUGCAACUAAAGCAUCUGAUAACUUCUAGGAAGCAGAAGGAGAAAUUUCAUUUCAGCAGAAGGAUAAAUCAUUGGUUUGUCAGAGAAGUUCUAAGCAUGGACCAUUUGUAUGCAGUCCUUGCCUUGGAUUUGCAUAUUCUGGUAUAACUGCAUUACUGUUCAUUGUGGAUAUUGUUAGAGUUCUUCAAAGCGUGUGAAAACUGUGCCAAAGUGGAUAAUCUGGCGAUUGAAGCAAAGUUGUGGAUUGUUAGUGCAUCCUCAAAUGUUUUAAAGUCCAAAUCAACAAUAUUUCAACUUUGUUCUUGCAGUAUACCUAGGUGUAAUCACGAGUCACGACCUAUUUCUAUGGCUUUCAAUAUAGAGAACUUCUAGGUGGAGAAAGCAUAUAAUUCUUUCUUGUUAUUGCACUGCCACAAGACUUCCCCUGUAUUAUGGAUUCUCUCCAGUUCUUGUCUUUCAUUUCCAAAGAAAGCAUGUAAUUCUUUCUUGUCAUCACACUACCAAAGGGCAUCAACUUCUGCUGCAUGUUGGAUUCUCUCCAACUCCCAUCUUCCACUUGCAGAAAGGAAAACUCUGUUGAUGCAUUAGGCAUGUUUGUCAAGUUGGAGAGGUUUUACUGCCUUUCCUUUUAUCAGGCUUUCCAAAGGGAUUCAUUUGUAGGAACUAGCUAAACAUCAAGAGGUUGACUAAUUUGUGCACUUCGCAAGUUGGCUUUGCAAAACUGCUGGCAUUUAAUCAUGAUAGUUAUCAUAGUAGUUUCCUGUGUCCGCAGGAUAGCAAAAUCGAACCAAACUUUGGUUUAUGUUUUUAAAGUUUUCUUCUAGCUGUUUUCAUGUGCAAAGACCAUAGUUACCAGUAAAUGAAGAAGAUAAAGAAGUGAUACGCAAAGCCAAAUUGGAGAAGUGAAUGGUCUCUGACUCUCUAGAAUAUCAAUAAGGCAAUGGGACUCUGGGAGGCAGACUGAAGCAAAUUGGGAGCGGGUUUCCACAUAACCAUGUCUAAGAGCUUAUGACAUCAAAAUCAGGGUGCUAUGGUUCCUGUUGCUGUGAAUGUUAUGCAUGUUGUUUGCCUGGUUCUUUUCUGAUUGAUUCUGGGUCAGAAUCUGGCCGUGUUGAAGCAACAUGAGAUCAGCAAUUGUUAUCCAGUGGAUCAUGCUAUUAUCACCAGCUACUUGCUGCUAGCAACUGCAUGAAACCAGCAACGAAGGUUUCCUUAUUCGCAGGUGGGAAAGCUCAUAAUUGUGUAUCAUUGCAAUCAAAUCUGACCACAUGGAUGAACUUGUCAUGGUUCAUUUCCUAAACCAGCUUUUUUAUCAUAUUUGUAAACAGAAGUGGUGGAGCUCUUUUAAGAAAAGUUUUAAGCUGUCCAUGUUUUGCAGUAUAGAAAUUGCAUGUGUAGGUCAGGUGUGGGUGAUCUGAACACAUUUUCUAGCGAACUGAUCUGUCAUUCAUCGACAUAUGUUUUCAUUUGAUUGAAACGGUUCUCGAGUGUGGGAUUGUUAA